UGCCUGACUGAGGAUGAGCAGCACACAGAAGGACAGAGAUGGAACUUAAAUAAUAGAAAAAGAAACUUCUGGACAAGCUCGUCAUUCCACUCAGAAAUGGAGGGAGGAGACGUUUCCUCUCUUCAAAACGUUUGAGGGCGGAUUUUGCAAAACAAUCAAGUGCAGUCCCCCUGUUCCACUAAGACAUGACUUCCUUCCCCGCCAGUCACUCCAACACAAUCAGUCUCCUGGUGAGAAAUACUAAACUUUCAGCCAGACAUUUGAUUUGAGUGAACAGAGAUGCUAGCGUUUCUGUAAACCUCAACAGAAAACUCAUCUUCAUCUUCUUCAUCAUGCCUAUCAUCCAUCAACCUUCAAAUCCUUUUUUUCCAAUAACUCAUGCACCACACUCCUUGGCUGGAGCUGGGAGCAGAAACCUGACGGUCACCAGUCAGCCCAGCACCGUCGUUUCCACCACCUUCACCCCCACUAACACCACCGUCAGCCCAGUCACCGGCUUCUUUGACGGCCUGCUUCACCAGAUCCCCUUGCCACGAUGGGUAAUCUACCUCAUCUUUGCGGCUGGCGGCCUGCUCAUUCUGCUCUUUUGUCUGUGCGUCUGUAUCAAAUGCUGUUGCAAAGGGAAAAAGAAGAAGCGUCAAAAGAAUGAGCAAAUCAAUAUGAAGGGUGUAGAUGGAAAAACAGCCACAGCUCUGGUGCAGCCAGAUGUGUGGGAUGUCGACUACGGCUCGACAACAGAGCAGAGAGGAAAGCUGCUCUACUCUUUGGAGUACAACGCUACCCUGUCUGAACUCAUAGUGGGGAUCAAACAAGCAAACAACCUGAAGGCCAUGGACCUGGGCAGGAGUUCAGACCCGUACGUUAAGGUCUACACUGUGCCUGAAAAGUCCAAAACCUAUGAGACCAAAGUGUUCAAAAGCACACUGAACCCUGUAUUCAAUGAGAUGUUCACCUUUCAGCUUUCCAAGUCCACCCUCCUGAAAUCCACCGUGGUGAUGAAGGUGUUCGACUUCAACCGAUUCACCAAACACGAAAUCAUUGGAGAGCUGAGGGUGCAGCUGUGCGACAUCGACAGGAACCAUGUCAUUGAGGAAUGGCAGGACUUGGCCGAGCCCGCCAAAUUUGAGGAAGAAAACUUGGGAGAGAUUUGCUUUUCUUUACGUUAUGUUCCCACUGCCAGCAAACUGACUGUUGUGAUCCUGGAAGGUAAAAACCUGAAGAGCAUGGACUUUGGAGGAAGCUCAGAUCCGUAUGUAAAGGUGCAGCUGGCUCUUGACAAGAGGAAGUGGAAGAAAAAGAAGACAUCUAUUAAAAAGAAAACACUGAACCCUUAUUUCAACGAGUCUUUCACCUUUGAUGUGUCAUUCGAUCAAAUCCAGAGAGUGAACCUGGUGAUCUCAGUGUGGGACCACGACGCCAUGACCAGGAAUGAUGCGAUUGGAAAAGUGUUUUUGGGCUGCGAUGCCACAGGGAAUCAGCUGCGUCACUGGGCCGACAUGCUGUCCAACCCCCGGCGGCCCAUCGCUCAGUGGCACAGCCUGCUCUCAGCCGAGCAGGUCAACUCCACCCUGGCCCUGAAGAAGAAAGUCCCCCUCCCCACCAGGCUGAAGGAAAACAACCCACUGUUUGAAAAGCAUUUCAAAUAGGGGGCAACCAGCAGGAAGAAAUAUUCAUAUUAUGUAAACUGAUCUUUUUAA